AUGGGAAAAGACGCAGAUAACCCAAUUACUCCUUCUUCCAUCGAUUUCUCCCAUCCCUUGUAUCUCCAUCCAUCUGAUACGCAAGCCGUUACAUUGGUGUCGCAAGUGUUACGCGGUUCAGAGAAUUAUGAGGUGUGGAGCCGAUCUAUGCGUCUCGCACUUUUUGCCAGAAACAAACUGGGGCUCAUUGAUGGAACCUGUUUGCGUGAGAACCAGGAUGAGAAACUUCGUGGGUUGUGGGAUCGUUGUAAUGCGAUCGUUCUUUCUUGGCUUGUCAAUUCGGUUGAUAGACAACUUGCCACUGGGAUUGUUUUUUCUUCGAGUGCACGUUCGGUAUGGUUAGACCUGAAGGAACGAUUUCACAAAGCCGAUGGGGUAAGAAUAUUCUCCAUUCAUAAGGCUAUUACUUCGUUAAAACAAGGUGCAUUAAGUAUCCCUGAGUAUUUUACAAAGCUACGGGACUUAUGGGACGAGUAUGAUUCCCUGGCACCUCUUCCAACCUGUCAGUGUCCCACCACACAAGAGUAUGCCAAAUUAGUGCAGCAACAGAGGCUUCUGCAAUUUCUUUCUGGAUUGAAUGAUAAUUACCAUCACGCCAAGACUCAAAUACUGUUACAAUCUCCACUUCCCACUGUAAAUCAAGCGUAUUCCUUAAUCUGCCAAGAUGAAUCCCACCAACUAAUUUCCUAUUCCACUCCUGCUCAUCCAACUGAGGGUGCUACCAUGGUUGCACGAGGAGGACGCCAAGGAAGGGGAAGAGGACGAGGCAGGUCGCAGGAGGAGUGUUCUCACUGUCAUCGUAAAGGACAUAAAAGGGAAAAUUGCUAUCAUCUGGUCGGUUUCCCUCCAAGUUUUCGUAGACAACAAGCCCAAGUCUCCACUGCUGAUCACACAAUAAAUACCUCCUCAUCACCUGCUCAAACACCUAUUACUCAACAGCAGUAUGAUCAAAUUCUCAAGCUUCUUCAAAAGGAAAAGGAUGACAUAGCAGUAACCACAACUGAAUGCAUCGAGGAAACUAUUUCAGGACAUCUCUCUUGGCAAAACAAGGAAGAUUGGUAGGCUCCUUAGUGGACUCUAUAUCAUUGAAAGGAUAACACAAACUGAUACAGUAAUGAAUUUUACCACUCAGAACCUUUGGCAUCUUAGAUUGGGGCAUGCCCCUUUAGAUAAGCUUAGACAUUUAGACUUGAUAAGAAAGGAAGUCCCUGUAAUCACCAAUGACAAAUGUGUAAUUUGUGCUCGGGCUAAGCAACCUCGAUUGCCAUUUUCUUCUAGCUUCUCUAAAACUUCUUGCUGUUUUGAUCUGAUUCAUGUGGAUGUCUGGGGGCCUUAUAAAGAGCCCACCUAUAAAGGUCAUAGGUAUUUUCUUACGAUUGUUGAUGAUUUUUCCAGAUGUACUUGGACAUUCCUUAUGAUUAAUAAAAGUGAAUCUGUUCAUCAUUUGAAAAA